AUGAGCCUAACAUAUGGAUUGGGCGGCACCACCGGCGCCCUCGCCAUCGUGGGAGCCUACAUGCUCUUCACCGGCAGCGGCGAGUCCUUCAAUGUCGGCGCGUUUCUCGAAUCAGUCUCUCCGUACGCAUGGGCGGACAUGGGCAUCUCCUUGUGCAUCGGACUGUCUGUGGUCGGCGCAGCAUGGGGCAUCUUCAUCACCGGGUCCUCGAUCCUCGGCGGCGGCGUCCGGACCCCGCGCAUCCGGACCAAGAACUUGAUCUCUAUCAUUUUCUGCGAGGUCGUUGCCAUCUACGGCGUCAUCAUGUCCAUCGUCUUCACGUCCAAAGUCAACGACGUUACGGGGGCCCAGCUUUACGACAGCAACACCUACUACACCGGCUACGCAAUUUUCUGGGCUGGCAUCACGGUCGGCAUGUGCAACCUCGUGUGCGGUGUUGCCGUCGGUAUCAAUGGAAGCGGUGCUGCUCUUGCCGACGCGGCCGAUCCGUCCUUGUACGUCCUCCGGCUCCUCGGCGCUGACCCUUGCGCGGAUACUAACCCAUAUCCCACACGCAGAUUCGUCAAGAUGCUUGUCAUAGAAAUCUUCAGCUCCGUUCUCGGCCUGUUCGGUCUCAUUGUCGGCCUGAUUGUUUCCAACAAGGCGAUCGACUUUGGUGCCUCGCAGUAG